AUGAUAGACAGCGCUGACCGAAAAGAGAGUUGGUCGGCGGUAAGGAAUUCUAUAGCACAGAUAUUAAUUUUAAUUGUAUUUAAGAGAUAUUACAAAGAAGUAAAGUUAAACCCGCAAAACUAUCAUUCCAAAAUGCCACCAAUCCAAGGAAAAUAUCAACAUUACAAGAACGAAAAUAUUGAUGACUAUUUUAGUGCAGUAGGUGUACCAUUCAUGGGCCGAAAAAUGAUGUCAAUGUCCUCACCUUUAAUGGAGAUAAAUGUUGAUGGAGAGCAAAUGACUAUAAAAAAUUCGUCCUUACUAAGAACGGUAGAAUAUACAUUUAAAAUUGGUGAAGAAUACGAGGAGAAAAUGCCUAAUACUUCAAUUAAGAGUAUAACAACAAUUGAAAAUGAUAAUGAAGUAGUCACAAACUCUAUUAUACCCCAAACCCAAGAAAAAUGUGGGCGCCAUUAUUUAUUCACAGAUGAUGAAUGUAUUGUGACACUUACUCAUGAAAAGGCAAAAACUCCUGGAAAACGUUACUUUCGCAGACUAAAAGAA